CAGAGAAGCAACACCCACCUGUAUUUUACUCGUGCUGAAAUCGGUAUUUGUACAUUUGACUCGGAAAAUGAGGAUCCUGAAGUUGACUUUGGCUAGAAUUGUUAUUUUUGCUGCCGCGUCUCUUUUUUUGAUCACUUCUGUGAUAAAAUGGGAAAAUGUUCAUUCUGACAAGAAAGAGAAUAAAGAAGCGCUGAAGGGAGAACAUGAGAAGAAAACCUCUGUUGAAAAACUCUAUGACAUGUUGAUAUCCUUUGAUGAAAAACAGAACCGAAUGCAGAAGAUGCUGGAGGAGUUGCAAAAAGGUCAAAAGAAAAAGAACAGUCCAGAAGAUCCUAAGUCUCUGCUUUUCCAGAAUUCUCCGCUGUUUAACAACUGGGGUAAAGAUCUCUCCCAUGACGAGCAGCGUGAGGCGCAAGACGGCUAUAAAAAAUAUGGAUACAACGUCUAUUUAAGCGACCAGCUACCGAUUAACCGACCGCUACCAGACACCCGAGACCCCAGGUGUGCCAAAAAGGUGUAUCCGGAGCAGCUUCCAUCUCUCAGCGUGGUUCUGAUCUACCUGAACGAGGCUCUGUCGAUCAUGAAGCGAGCCAUACACAGCAUCAUCCACAGGACGCCUGCUCACCUGCUCAAGGAGAUCAUACUGGUGGAUGAUCACAGCUCUAAUGAGGACCUUAAAGAGAGUCUUGACUCCUACAUUGCCAUCACACUGAAGGAGCAUCCUCAGCUGAAAAUCAUUAGAGUGAGACAUGAUCGGCAGAUGGGCCUUGCACAAGCUCGCGUCUCCGGGUGGUCUUCUGCUAGUGCCGACGUGGUCGCCAUUUUGGACGCACAUAUAGAGGUUAAUGUGCAGUGGGCAGAGCCGCUGCUAGCACAGAUCAAGGCAGACAGAACGGUCGUUGUCUCCCCUGUGUUUGACCGAGUCAAUUAUUAUGACCUUGAAGUUGUUAAGUACGGACCUGCUGCUCAUGCCUUCGACUGGGCGCUGUGGUGUAUGUAUGAGCAGUUCAGACCUGAAUGGUAUAAUCUCAAAGAUGCUUCAAGUCCUGGAAAGUCACCUUCUGUUAUGGGAAUUCUGGUGGCAGACAGAGCUUUUUUGGGUGAAAUCGGCAGCCUGGAUGGAGGAAUGAAGGUCUACGGUGGAGAAAACGUCGAGCUUGGGAUUCGAGUAUGGACAUGUGGAGGGAGUAUUGAGAUUGUGCCGUGCUCCAAGAUCGCCCACAUUGAGAGAGCUCAUAAGCCAUACAUGCCUGACCUGAGCUCCGCCAUGAAGAGGAACGCACUGCGGGUGGCCGACAUCUGGAUGGAUGAGUACAAGUAUCAUGUGAACAUAGCCUGGAGUAUUCCCAUAAAAGAUCACGGAAUUGAUAUCGGGGACACUUCAGAAAGAAAGAAACUCCGAGAGAAACUAGGCUGCAAACCAUUCAAGUGGUAUGUGGAGAACAUUUAUCCCAAACUAGACAUCUGGACCAACAUUUUGGGUUACGGAGGAUUGACAAAUUUAGAUGCACAACUGUGCUUGGAUCAAGGUCCUGUACCAGGUGAUGUUCCUGUCGCCUACUCAUGUCACUAUUAUGCUCCUCAGAAUACCGUUUACCGUGAGAGCGGCGAGUUUUACAUCGGUGGGAUCAAAUCUCAUAAAUACAGUGACAACAGAUGUCUGACGGAUCCUGGCACGGGGAAUGUCCCUGGUUUACACGCAUGCAAAGAUGCUGUGAUGAGGAAUAUAAGCAUUCACUGGGAUUUUAAACAGGGUGGUGAGGUGCGCAACCAAAAGACAAACAGAUGCUUGGAAAUACACCAUCACACCCUUCUUAUUCAGGACUGCUCAGGACAGCGCUGGGAGAUUAAACACAUUAUUCCACCCCUUUGAUGGAUGUUCUGUUUUGUUUGCAUUUACGGUCAAUUUCUCUGCUUGCACAAUGUUUAUGUUAAGCUCUAACGUGAUGUUUUACAGUUGGCAAAUAUCCACAAGGAUAAAGAUAUAUAAAAAAACAUUUCUCGGUGA